AGUUUUAAUUGCUUCUGUGCAGAACAGGCCCGGUCUGGUCUUAACUGUGUGUGGAAGCAUGUAAAGAAUGCAGGCUGAAUGGAUGGUCGGGUCAUGGGUGAUCUCGUCUGACAAGAAGGACCAUGUUGGACGGCUUGAAUAGUUCAUUCUCCACCAGUACCUGAGUGAUGGUUGUCCAAGGCACAGGACGCUUUCUUCUGCUGGAAUAAUCUUUGACACAGACGCACAGCUCUUGAGUAGGAAGAACUUUCCCGCUGUAGGUUCAUCAUCUAGAGGCAGCAGAGAUGGAGCUCUCUGACGGUCUGUUGCUCCAGGUCAACAAUGGCGAGCAGGGCGGAAACCGCUGGAAACACUCAAACGAAGACUCGGACCGGAGCUGUAGCCCGUCUGUGCUACGGUGUGUUAGCACCACCUGGAAGGAGGGCCUUCUGAACCGCAAGAGGCCCUUCGUUGGCCUCUGCUGCCACUCAUGUACCCCACAGAGCCAGGAGAGACUGUUUAAUCCCAGUAUUCCAUCCCUGGGCUUACGAAAUGUCAUCUACAUCAAUGAGACACACACCAGGUAUCGGGGCUGGCUAGCUCGUAGUCUGAGCUAUGUGUUGUUUGUUUGUGAGAGAGACGUCAACAAGGACAUGUUCGCCAGGAACGUGGUUGAUAACGUCCUCAACAACAGCAGGGUGGAGCAGGCCAUCAUUGAGGUGGCCUCGGAGCCUGGGGCUGGAUUAGAGAGCCAGCCCGCCCUGCAGCAGAAGGCUGAGGGGCAGGUGAGACGGAAGGCCAGGGGGAUCCUCCAGGAGAUGGUGGCCAACGUCUCCCCAACCAUUAUCAGGCUGACCGGCUGGGUUCUGCUGAAACUGUUUAAUGGAUUCUUUUGGAGCAUACAGAUUCACAAGGGCCAGCUGGAGAUGGUCAAGAAGGCAGCUACUGAGCAAAAUGUACCCCUGGUCUUCCUCCCGGUCCAUAAGUCCCACAUCGACUACCUCCUCAUCACCUUCAUCCUCUUCUGUCACAACAUCAAAGCCCCUCACAUCGCCGCCGGCAACAACCUUAACAUCCCCAUCUUCAGCACGUUGAUUCGUAAACUGGGAGGAUUCUUCAUACGCCGCAAAAUGGAAGAAAACGGAACCGGCAAGAAAGAUGUUCUGUACAGAUCGCUGUUGCACGCAUACACGGAAGAGCUGCUCCGGCAGCAGCAGUUCCUGGAGGUGUACCUGGAGGGCACGCGGUCGCGGAGCGGCAAGCCCUCCCCGGCCCACGCCGGCAUGCUGUCCAUCGUGGUGGACACGCUCACCACCGGCGCCAUCGCCGACGUGCUGGUGGUGCCCGUGGGCAUCUCCUACGACCGCAUCCUGGAGGGCAACUACAACAGCGAGCAGCUGGGGAAGCCCAAGAAGAACGAGAGUUUGUGGGGCGUGGCGUGCGGUGUGUUCCGCAUGCUAAGGAAGAACUACGGCUGCGUUCGAGUGGACUUCACCCAGCCCUUCUCCCUGAAGGAGUACCUUGACAGCCAGCGGACCCGAAACGUCCCCCCCCCUCCCUCCCUUGAACACACCCUGGUACCCAUCAUCAUCUCUGCCCAGCCCGACGCGGCACCGUUCCAGAACCCCCAGGGGGAGGAGCCUAACGGAGACCUACCUGACGAGAUCUCCAGACGAAACGUCAUCUCCAACCUGGCCAAGCACGUCCUCUUCACGGCGAAUAAGUCCUCAGCCGUGAUGUCGACCCACAUCGUAGCCUGUCUGCUGCUCUAUCGCCACAGACAGGGGGUGGUGCUGUCCAAGCUGGUGGAGGACUUCUUCAACAUGAAGGAGGAGAUCCUCUCGCGGGACUUCGACCUGGGCUUCUCCGGGAACUCGGAGGACGUGGUGAUGCACGCGCUCCACCUGCUGGGCAACUGCGUCAAUGUCACCAGCAGCUCCAACCGCAACGGCGAGUUCACCGUCGCCCCGAGCAACACGGUGCCGGCGCUGUUCGAGCUCAACUUCUACAGCAACGGCCUCUUCCACGUCUUCAUCUCCGACGCCGUCAUCGCCUGCAGCGUGCUGGCACUGCAGCGGGAGCUGGCGGCCGAGAGCCAGUCCUCCCAGAGUGCUGCGGUGGGCGGCGCAGUGACCGCCAGCUGCACCCUGCUGAGCCAGGAGAGGCUGAUCCGCAAGGCCGCAGGACUCGCCCACUUCCUGACCAAUGAGGUGGCGGUGGCGCCGCCCUGUCAGACGGUCUACCAGGUGUUCCACGACGCCGUGGCACGGUUGAUCCAGUACGGGGUCCUCUACGUGGCAGAGGAGGACCAGGAGGAGUUGAGCCCCAGCCCCACCGAGGAGCCGUGGCCCAAGAAGUUCCCCGAGCCCCUGUCCUGGAGGAGCGACGAGGAGGACGAGGACAGCGACUUCGGGGAGGAGCAGAGGGACCGCUACCUCAAGGUGAGCACCUCCGCCGAGCCCCAGGAGUUCUUUGUGUUCCUGCAGCGUCUCCUCAGCCCGGUGCUGGAGGCGUACAGCGGAGCGGCCAUCCUGGUCCACAGCCUGAAGCAGCCGGUGGACGAGAGGGAGUACACCCAGCAGCUCUUCAGAUACCUGCUGACCCGCACCGAGAGGGGCGUGGCCGCCUACGGUGAAAGUGCAACGCACUACCUGGUCAAAAACACAGUGAAGACGUUCAAAGAGCUUGGGGUUCUGAAGGAGAGGCGGGAGAACAGGGUGACGACCCUGGAGCUUAGCACCACCUUCCUACCUCAGGCACACCGCAGUAAACUCCUGCACUACAUCCUGGCCUUCAUCCUGCAGUGACCCCACCCAGGUCCUCCAACACCUCCCUCUCACCACCCCCCCACCCACCACCACUACCAGGACCCCAACCCCCCGUGGAAACAAGGGCUUCUACUGGCUACUUCUUAUUUCUCCCAGGUGCUAUACUCUGUGGAAAGCUUUACCAGGAAGUGCCUUCAUACGCUAGUCGCUAACCGAUAGCCGUUAGCUCGAGGAGUCGCGAGGCCAGCCUUCUGUCACUGUUUGCUCAAGGGCACAAGUCUCGUCUUAGCCGUAGAGGGAAACUAGCGCUUGGCUGCUAGCCGCUAGCUCUUGGCCGCUGGCAGCUAGCCGCUGGCUCUCAGCUGUUAGCUGCUAGCCGCUAUCUCUUAUCCAUUAGCUCUCAGCAGCUAGCUUUUAGCAGCUAGUUUAACGUAUGAACACCCCCAGUGGACGCCCAGAGGUACUGCCCUCUGUCCCGUGUAGAUCCUAAACCCCUGGAAGAAAUGGGUUCAAAGGUGGAAUGAAUCUUUAAGGAAACUUUUGAAAUGAUGAUAUUACCCUUUCCAACUCUUUAAAUAAUUAUUGUGGUAUUGAGAGCAAACUCCAUGCAAAGCAUGCUUCAUUUCAUGCAAACGUCGAAAGUCAAACCAUCGAAUUCUGCAUCAGGAAUGGCCGUCGACUGGAAAGCGUUUUUAUGUCGAAUUGUAAACUCAUGCAAGUUAACGGAUGAAUCCGGAAAAAAAUAUAUGUUAAACUUCCCUCAAAAGACAAAAUGUACAAAUGUGUAUAAUGCGUAACGCAUCAGUGUUGAAGAGCAGACUCUGAAAGCCAUUCAACGUUACAUGCUAAGUUACACGCAUGAAAUUAGAGGUGUCAUGGUGAAAAAACAUUUGAUGUAUACACCAUUUAAUCAUAAAUAUAGAUACAUAGUUACAACUUUUGUUGUUUCAUACAUCUAGUAACUAUAGAAAACCCUUAGAUUAUAUAGUCUCCCCGCUUAAAACUAGCUAGAUGUACUGGAUGAAAUACCAGCAUAGUUCGAGCCUCAAACUCUAGUAGCCAAGUGCAAUGAUUUAUUUUUCUCUCUCAGAUAAGAUGAUUCAAAAGGAGAUGUAGAUUAAUCAAAAAUAUGUAACCUAUUUCUAAAACGACAAAGGUUGAAAUUGAUUAAGCACAGAAAAAUGUCUAGAUUUAAAGAUGAUGAAAUCUAGGUUUGGCAGCCUUCUAUUUUAGAUGUUUUCUCCAGAUAUUUGGAUACAUAUUCCAGUACCACUGAUGAAGCAGGCCGAAUAGUUCUUGCUGUCACUCUUGGGUAUUAUUUUGACCAGGCUAAUGAGAUGCUAACUUUGAGAUGUACAUAUCCACUAGUUCCCCUGUCGGCAAACCCGUGUUAGCUCAACCACUUCUGGUUCAAGAUGAGGAAAAACACUUUGCAUUGUUGUGUCAUUGACAUUAUUUAACCUAAAUAUUGGUGUUAAAGAAGAAUGGUUUUCAAAUGGGAUUGUCAAAAUCAUUUUUGUCUGUAUCCAUUCAUUUCUUUCAACCGAAAACAUAAAAAUGAUUGCUUGAGCAGUCAAGCGGAUCGAACAAAAGUUACCCUUAAUCUUUUAACAUGAAGUGUAGGUGAUCUGAAGAAGCAUGAAGAUGUGUGUGUGUGUGUGUGUGUGUGUGUGUGUGUGUUUCUGUGUGUGUAUAGGCCAAGUUGGGAAGACUUUGGAAGGGGGAUGUUUGGGGCAUUAUAUGAAACAGUGUAAAUAUGUUGAAUAUUAAAUUAUGAACGUAAAAUGACUGUCAAAAUGGAGCCCCCUUUGGUUGGUUUUGUGAAUAGAAGUGAAGUCUCUGUGGAUGUUGAAUGGUCAGUGAUACAAGUCAAACCCUUAAAAAUAAAAAUGUGACUACAAUAUAUAUUUUUGAAUCGGUUGGCAUGACCCAUGUUAUGGAAUACCUUCAAACAAAUGUAGAGUCAUUUGUCCACGGCAUUCAACAAUCAAAUGCUACAAUCCACAAGAAGGAUGUGUCAUGUGGUCUUUGUUGAGGGCAACUAGUUAUGUAUCCGAUCUGUGUGUGUGUGUUGAGAUUAAGCUGCUACCAAUGUGUAGGCCUACCAUAUGAACACCAUCAUUUCAAUGUCUCAAACAGGACAAACGACUAUUAUAGCAAUACUACUGCAGCAGCUUCAACAGAUCCCUGAUGGGAAGCCAACACACAACAACAACUCUGUUUUGAACUUUACUUUGCCGUACUGUAUGUACUAUCACAUACAUGUACUUCACUGUACUUGCUGUACACUGUAUGUACUCUGUACUGUACUUGAAGAAUCCUCUGGGCGCCUCAGUACUUCCAAAACAAACUCUGUGCCCAACCCGAGAAAUGUCUUUAUCGUGUGUGUGUGUGUGUGUGUGCGUGCGUGUGUGCGUGUGUGUUCGGUAAAGUCUCCCCCCCUCCCCUCCCCCGUCACCUCUUGAAUGUAAGUUUCGUCCGGGGGGAUUUCGAACCGCCGGUCGCCGUGACGAUCGUGUUACAUGUUGUACGCACAAACGUGUCGCAGUCUAACGACCUCUUGAAGUGAAAGAAAGAGCUUCCCCAUUGCUAGCAUACUGAAAAACAAUGCAAAAACAUCUCCUCGGUAGCUGAAAGUACUGAUGUGUGUAUCAGAUACCGGAUUCUCUCUCUCUCUCUCUUCUCUCCUCUCUCCUCUCUCCUCUCUCUUCUCUCUUCUCUCCUCUCUCUGCGGUUUGCUGUUUCCGUUUUGUGCAUGUUAACACCCGGCCAGCCGGGAAUAAAAGAAAUGUCAAUAAUAGUAACAAAAAAUAGGAACAAUUGCACUUGAGUUUACCGUUAGAGGAAUCACCAGCCAACUGGCAGAAUAAGUCCUUUUUUUGUUGUUUGUUUGUUGAAACAAAAUCAAUGUCCAAGCACUGUUGACAUCAGUAGGAUUUGUUUUUGAUUAAAUUAAUGAUCGAUUAACCAAAA